AUGCAGCGCCUAGCCAGCUCACUAGCUCAUCAGCUUCCGCGGAGUGCGACUCGUCAGCUGCCAGCAGGAGUCCGCAUCAAUCUGCUCGUCCAGCGACACUAUGCGGAAGACAGCGGGCCAAGGGCACUGCGCCAGACGAAACUCUACGAUCUCCACAGACUACAAGGUGGCAAGAUGGUGCCCUUUGGCGGGUUUGACAUGCCCCUCUUCUACAAGACGACAGGCGGCCAAGUGGUCGAACACAAGCAUGUGCGCGCCCAUGCCGGCUUGUUCGAUGUCUCCCACAUGGUACAGAGCAAGUUGGUAGGGAAAGGCGCGACUGAGUUCCUCAUGCGACUGACGCCCACAUCAAUCGAUGCGCUCGCCUUCACCGAUACGCUCUACUCGUCUUCUUUGAGUGUGCUGCUCAAUCAUGAUGGAGGGAUACUGGACGACCUGUUGAUCACGCGACAAGGCGAGGAUGAGUACUAUAUCGUCACCAAUGCCGGCAGACGCGAACAGGAUCUUCACUGGAUCCGAGAACAGCUCGCCGAAUUCAACAGCGCCAAUACUUACAACAUCCGCUUUGAUGUCCUAGAGAAACAGGGUCUCGUUGCUCUGCAAGGUCCAAAGGCCAUGAGGAUCCUGCAGCAAUUCACAGACUUUGACCUCACCACCCUGCAUUUCGGCAAAGCCACCUUUGCCAAUGUCGAUGGCGUACGGUGUCAUAUUGCUCGGGGAGGCUAUACGGGCGAGGACGGCUUCGAAAUCUCAAUACCGCCCAAGGAAACAACGUCACUGUCCAAGAAGAUCUUGAGCCAUCAGGAUGUCAUGCUCAUCGGACUAGCAGCAAGAGAUUCGCUUCGUUUAGAAGCAGGCAUGUGUCUCUACGGCCACGAUCUCAACGAGACCAUCAAUCCCGUCGAAGCGAGUCUUGCUUGGAUCGUCAGCAAAGCGAGGAGAACGCCAGAGAGCGCGACUUUCAUUGGCGCCCAAAGAGUGCUACAGGUACUCAGAGAAGGUCCAGCGAAGCGCCGGGUCGGAUUUGUUUGCCAGAGUGCUGUUCCGCGCGAGGGCGCACCGAUCUUCACCGAGGAUGGAUCUGAACAGAUUGGCGUCAUCACUUCUGGCAUCCCUUCACCGACGGCGAACAAGAACGUCUCGAUGGGCUACAUCAAAUCGGGGUAUCACAAGCAAGGUACAGCCGUGCAAGUAGCAGUGCGUAGGCAGAACAGGGAUGCUGUCGUGGCGAAGCUACCGUUCGUAGAGCCCAAGUACUACAGAGGGUGA